CAUCCUCUCAGCAUUUCCCCUGCUCCUCAGGGUUGUUUUGUUUAAUUUUACCAUCCUUAGAGGGGUGGCCAAUAAAAUAUUGGCACAAAUGCCAGCAGAUUCCAUGCUAAGCAGGCAAUUCCCAAUCCCUGAGCCAUUGAGCACGUUCAGUGACUGGGGGUGGGGAGUAUUUAAGACUGGAGGAAAAUUGAACAUAAAGAAAGGGUGAACUCAGCUGAGCUAAGCCUGUACAAGGCGAAUCCCUCGUGGAGUGAGCUCCCUUUCUGGCUCACCGUCUCCUUGAUUCGGUCGCCGUUUUCCCGGGACUGGGCGGAUUCAGGGGCUGGAGAAGAGCUACUGACUGAGCUGCUCACCCUCAGCCCUCUCCCCAGGCUGCAAACUGGAGGCACAGCGACAGGUUAUUUCCACCCGUCCCCCAGGGAGUGUGUCGGCCUUGCCCUCCCGGGGAUGAGGGCCCCAAGCCAGGAUCCCGGGGGGAUGGGGGAAGAGGCCGAGCCUGACGUGACGACAGAUGCUGAGAUCCAGGUGAAUGUGGGAGGCCUGAAGAGGAGACUGAGGAGGGGCAGCCUGUCACGGUUCCCAGACACGAGGCUUGCCCAGCUGCUGAGGUGCCGCUCGCUCGACUCCAUCCUGCAGCUGUGCGAUGACUACGACGGCGAGGAGUAUUACUUUGACCGCAACCCCGCGCUCUUCCCCCGUAUCGUGGAUUUCUACCGCACCGGGGAGCUGCGAACCGCUGGGGGCAAACACUGCGUCUUCUCCCUGGGCCAGGAGAUUGAGUACUGGGGCAUCGGGGCUGGGAGCCUGUCCAGGCUUACCCCAGGGGACCGCGACGAGGAUGGGGACGGCGACGGGGCCAGUGAUCUGGGCAGCAGCAGCUCCUCCCUGGACGAGGUGCUCAGCUUCUACCGGGAUGCUGCCAGCUACGAUGGGCAGAAGCUGGGCAGCUGCCGUCGCCGCUUAUGGCUCAUGCUAGAGAACCCGGGCUACAAUGCCGCCAGCCGCUGCUACAGCGCCAUCUCAAUCCUGAUGGUCCUGAGCUCCAUCACCGCUAUGUGUGUGCACAGCAUGGCCGAAUUCCAGCGCCUCAGCCCCCACUUCGAGGCCUUGGAGCAUUUCUGCAUCGCCUGUUUCACCCUGGAGCUGCUGGCCAGAUUGCUGGUGUCACCGGGCGUGGGGCACUUCUUCCACCGGCCCCUCAACCUCAUCGACCUCAUGUCCAUUCUGCCCUUUUACCUGACCCUGCUGGCCAAGCUGGCGAUGGAGAGCAGCCCGGCCCUAGCCAACUUGGGCCGGGUGGUGCAGGUUCUCAGGCUGAUGAGGAUAUUCCGUGUCCUCAAGUUGGCACGUCACUCCACGGGGCUCAGGUCACUGGGGGCCACCUUGAAGCACAGCUACAGGGAGGUGGGCCUGCUCCUGCUCUACUUAUCUGUUGGAGUAUCCGUUUUCUCUGUGGUGGCUUACACCAUUGAGAAAGAAGAGAAUUCCUCCCUGGCCACUAUCCCCUCCUGUUGGUGGUGGGCUACAGUUAGCAUGACCACCGUAGGCUAUGGCGACGUGGUACCCAUCAGCAUCGGGGGCAAACUGACAGCGUCAGCCUGUAUUUUGGCUGGCAUCCUGGUGGUCGUGCUGCCCAUCACCCUCAUCUUCAACAAGUUUUCCCACUUCUACCGGCGUGAGAAGAAUCUGGAGAAUGCUAUGAGGAACUGUGAGUUUGAUGAGCGUCUGGCUCAGCUGCCUCUGCUCAACCUCCGUGACUACUAUGCAGAUAGAAUGAAGUCGCUGAUGGUCAGUCUGAAUAACAUGAGCAGAGGUUCUCCCAGCGAGCACAGUGUGAACUCAAUACAUUGAAUCCAACCCUGAACUGUUGGGUAACGUGGCAAGGAUUAGAAUAUACGAGAUAUCCAACAAUCACAAAUCAAACGCUGCAUUUAAUACUCUUGGCAACUGGUGUCCUCAACCUCAACACUGCUAUUGUACACAGUAUAUACAGUGGCUACAUGAAGUAACACGGACAUGAAGGGAGAGGGGUUGCGGUCGUUGUAAUCUCGCUGGAUUAGUAUUUCUGAAGCUGCAGUUAAUAUUGAGGGGCGAUCCACACAAUUCCAACUCCGAAAGCCAUCGGAAUUUAAAUUCAACUGAUCAACCUAGGAUAUAAACUGUCAGUAAUUCUAACCAUGAAACCAGAAUCAAUUGUCAUUUAAAAAAAAUCCCACCUACAUCACUAGUAUAUCCUUUAAGGAAGGAAAUAUGGUGUCUUUGUCUGGUCUGGCCAAUGCAGCAAGACGUUGACUUUGAAACAGCCCUAGCAAUCCAUUCAGAUCAAGGGCAAUUAGGGAUGGACAACAAAUGCUGGACUUCCCAGAAGAAUUAAAAACAAAGACAGUAACAAUUUGCAUUUAUCUGGCACCUUUAUUGCUGUGAAAUGUCUCAAGGCAUUGUACAGGAUUGUCAUCAGGCAAAACGAGAUACUGAGCUACACAAGGAGAUAUUUGGGCAGAUGACCAUCAGCUUGGCCAAAGAGGUGAUGUGUAAAGAGCAUCUCACUGGAGGAGGGGAGGACAGAGAGGAUUAGGGAGUUGACACAGUGACUGUGAUGGAAUAAUUAAAAUAGGGGGCACACAAAAGGCCAACAUCAGCAGAAAGUGGGAAUACUGGAAGAUUUCUAUUUAUAGACUUAGGGAGUGACAAGACUGUGAAGUUUGAAAGACAAAAAUGAGGACUUUUAAAUAUGAACACCAUGAGCCCAAAUUUCAACCUUAUUUUGUUAUUAAAUUGCAGCUAACCUACAUUGAAACUACUGACUAUAAGCCUUUUUUUUAACAUCCCUAUUUUCAUUAUACUAUGCUGUUGAUUUCUGUGUAGCUUUAGGUGAUCUGAGCAUUUUAAGUUCUCUAAAUCUCUGUCCAGACAAUAAUUAUGUACUUAAAUAAAAUGCUAUUCUGUAAUAUACCAGAUGUAACUCUCAGGGUCAGCACAGUGGUUAGCACUGCUGCCUCACAGUAUUAGGAGCCUGUGUUUAAUUCCACCAUCAAGCAACUGUGCCUGGAGUGUGCACAUUCUCCCCGUGCCUGGAUUUCUAGUGGGUGCUCUGGUUUCCUCCCACGGACCAAAGAUGUGCCGGCUAAGCCAUGCUAAAUUGCCCAUAGUGUUCAGGAAUGCCCAGGCUAGGUGGAUUUGUAAAUGCAUGGUUACAGGGAUAGGGUAGGGGGCUAGCUUUGGGUGGGAUGCUCUUCGGAGGGUUGGUGUGGACUCGAUGGGCCAAAUGGUCUGCUCCCACACCGUACGGAUUCUAUGAUUCUAACUCAUGCUGAAAUGUUCCUGGAGAGGAGAUAAAACUGUCCAGAUUACUGAAAAUAUACAAACUGCAUGACUCCCUACACAUCUUUGAAAUAGUGCCAGGAGAUCUGGGCUGGUUCUUGGAAAUGAGGUGGGCCAAGGGAGGUAAUAUUUAGGCAAUAGUGAUCAUUGUAUCAAACAAUGACAGAGAGUAACAAUGGUCAAUCCAGACUAAGGGAAAUCAGUUGAUGAAGAGCUAAUUUCAAUGGGUCAAGAACAGAGGUGGGCUGGAUAGACUGGACUGAAAGGUCAGUGGGAGGAACUAUAGUGGAACAAUGGGCUAACUUCAAAGAGGAAAUUGUUCAGGUCCAGUCAAGAUAGAUACCCUCGGAACAGAAAGGUACAACAAGCAAAUCCAGAGCUCCUUGGAUGGUUCAAACAAGAUAACAAGAAUUUAAAAUUAAAAGAGGAAAAGUGUACUUAAGACAAGUGUCAGGCAGAAAAUAAAAGUGGGAACCAAGAGGAAAAGAGAAGUAUCACAUGAAAAAAAAAAGGCAGAUUAGAGAAUCAAAGAGAUAUUCUGAGAAAAGACUGGCAGCCAAUAUGAAGGAGAAUUCAAAAGUCUUCAGUUGCCCUAUGAAAAAGGUGGUAAAAGUGGUGAUUAGGAUCCAGAAAGGGGACCUGAGGAUAAAGCUGAGACUCUAAAUGAAUACUUUACAUUCAUCUGUACCAAAGGGGAAGAUUCUACGUAGGUUAUGGUGACAGAGAAAGAAAGUCUUGUCAUUAGAAGAGUUCCAAAUUCAUUGGAAGGAAGUGUUAGGUUGAUGUUAGUACUUAAAGUUGGAACUGGAUUGGAUGCAUCUGAGGAUCUUGAAAGAAGUCAGGGUAGACAUUGCAGGCCCACCAGCUACAAUCUCAAGGGUAAACAUCUGAAAUGUUGACUGCUCCUUUCCUCCAGAUGCUGCCUGGCUUGCUGUGUUCUUCCAGCCUCUUGUUAGUCUACAACCUCAAUCUUUCCUGGACUGCGUGAUGUGGAUGACCCAAUGUUGGAGUGUUGGACUGGCAUACACAAAGUCAAAUCAUACGACACAAGGUUAUAGUUCAACAGGUGACGAAGGAACAGUGCUCCGAAAGCUUGCAAUUUCAAAUAAACAUGUUGGAUUAUAA